AUGCCAACCAUAAUCCAGGAAGAUACCCCAGCCCUCUUUGGAGGACACUCCGACGCUCGCCCUCGGCUCUCGCCACCGCUUGAGUACUCGGGCAGUCUGGACGCCUAUGAUCGCCAGGAUCUGACUCCUGUGAUUGGCACCGAGUUUGAAGGCCUUCAGAUUGCUGAAGUUCUUCAGUCGCCUAGUCGUGAUAGACUAAUUCGAGACCUUGCUGUCACCAUCUCGACACGUGGGGUUGUGUUCCUUCGAAACCAGGAUAUCACGCCCCAACAGAUGCGCGAGUUCGCGGAGAGAUUGACCCAGCUAGCAGGCUGUCCAGAGUCGUCAGGACUCCAUGUCCAUCCCCUGACGGAGGAGGGAAGUGAAUUGGGUGACCAGAUCAGCGUCAUUAGCAGCGAGAAGCAGAAGAAGGGCGGCGGCCUCACGCAUCAGCUCAGCGAUGUCAGUCGGUUCGCCUCUGCUGGCUGGCACACGGAUAUUAGCUUCGAGCCCGUCCCAUCUGACUAUGCGAUGCUCAAAAUCCAUACACUCCCCAAAACCGGAGGCGAUACUCUUUGGGCGUCCGGGUAUGAGAUUUAUGACCGUCUAUCGCCCGAGAUGGCAUCUUUCCUGGAACGACUGACUGCGACUCACGAUGCGACUUUUUUCCAUGAUGAGGCGCGACGACUGGGCAAUCCCUUGCGCAAGGGAACUCGGGGGUCACCCUUGAACCAUGGUGAUGAGCUCACGGCUGUUCAUCCUGUGAUUCGGACGAAUCCGGUCACUGGUUGGAAGUCAGUCUAUGUCAACAAGGGUUUUACUAAGCGCAUCAACGGAGUGACCAAGGAUGAGUCGGAUGUGCUUCUGGCGUACCUCUUCAAUCUCGUUACCCAGAACCACGACGCCCAGGUCCGAUUCAAAUGGCGCAAGAACGAUAUGGCGAUCUGGGAUAAUCGGUCAACCUGGCACUGUGCGACGUACGACUACGCUGAAACCCGGACAGGGGACCGGGUGUGCAGUCUGGGCGAAGCGCCAUACCUCGACCCUCAAUCCAAGUCGCGAAGGCAGGCCUUGGGUGAAAGGCCUUGA